AGAACGAGUGGAUCAAAACAAAAGCUCCAAGCUCUCUACAGAAUUCUACAGCGCCUAUACAUACACCUAUACAUACAGACGUGAUUUGUGUUGUUGUUGGGAGAGAUGAGUAGCAGUGGGAGUGAAGGAGGGACGUGUAAAUGGAGGAGGAGAGAGGGGAAAGUCAAAGGCGUGGUGGUGGUUUUCGCGUGGAUCUCUGUUUCUGAUGCGCAGAUUGAUGAGUUUGUUGAUCUCUACGACUCGCUUCAGUGGAGCUCGCUUGUUUGUCGUUCUGAUUAUCUUAAUCCAUUUUUCCCUGAAAAAGCUACAUCACAUGCAUUUUCAGUCCUCAAGGAGCUUCUUAAGGAGCUAAGGAAAAAGCCCUGUCCCGUGGUCCUUGCAGCUUUCUCUGGUGGGGCAAAAGCUUGCAUGUAUAAAAUAUUUCAGAUCAUUCAAGGAGCAAGUGAAGCACAACUCAGCCUGGGUGAUAGCCAACUGGUUAUAAACUGCAUAUCCGGUCAGAUUUAUGAUUCUAGCCCUGUUGACUUUACUGAUGAUCUGGGUGCUCGGUUUGCUCUGCACCCCGCCCUUCUCAAAGUGCCUGGUUCGACCAAAUUGGCAUCUUUGCUUGGAAAGGGUGUUACCUCUAGUCUUGAUGCUUUGUUUAUCACUAGGUUUGGAUCACAACGAUCUGAAUAUUGGCAGACUCUUUAUUCCUCAGUUAAUCUGGGUUCCCCUUAUCUCCUAUUAUGCUCAGGAAAUGAUGAUAUUGCUCCAUACCCGGUUAUUCAUAACUUUGCUCUGCGCUUGCAAGAUUUGGGAGCAAACGUUCAGCUUGUUAAGUGGAAUGAUUCUCCUCACGUCGGUCAUUACAGGCUUUGUCCAAUUCAGUACCAGGCUGCUGUCUCGGAGUUGCUUGAGACAGCUGCUCAAGUUUUCUCCCAUAAGAUUCUUAAAUAUGGUGAAAGAAGUGGGCUUGAGGGCAUGCAUGAUCAGAUUUGUGAAUUAAUUUGUGACCUUCAGAUUGCAGCUGUUGACUCAAAUCAGAGCCUACGCAGAGUUGCGCUCGGACCAAAUGACCAUUUUUUCUUGCCGAGUUCUGCAGAGCAGCAAAAUGAGGGAAACUAUGGUUCAUUGCAAGAAGACAGGAAAGAAAGAUCACCACGUUCAUCAUCCCCUCCAAGGAUAAAUGGUCAUAGUGUUCUUGGCCAAGUUCUGUUUGAUGCCUGUGUUCCCAAGAACAUUGAGGGCUGGGACAUCAAAUUUUCAGGGUCACUGAAUGGGCAACCAUUGGCUUCUGUUCGCAGAAAUUCACCUUUAAGCGCUCUGAAAAGUUUUCGCCGGUCAAGAUUAUGAAAUCACCCAAAAACUCAUCUCCAGUGUCAGUUUUCCCAAUGAAUUUGGAGCUGUUAUGCCAAAUUAUAUCCGAAAAUACCUCCAAUACGAGUAAUGCAAGAAGUGAGUUGAUUUUGACCACGUGAUGGACCUGAUCCGUGGCAUUAAGUGUACAGGUAAGUUGAGGAUGCUUUUUGUACAGAGUAAUAUAAUGUAGAUAUUACAGCUGUUUAUAGGAUGAUCUGAAGAGGUGUAAGCACUUUUAAGAUGUUUUUCGUUUUUUUCUUGUAGAAAUAUUAGAUUGAUGAAAGUGUUCGUUUAUAAUUAUAUGCUUAUGUAAAAUUGCUUGUUUUGCGGUUCUUAGA